CCAGUUGCCGGUCGUAUUCAUAAGGGAGCGUGUUUGUGAGGGUUCGAUGGCAGGUGUUCUUGUGAACGUGGUGACACUGAGUCUCUUCUUUCUUCCUGGUGCUCUGGCUGCUUGUUCUAAACAAGCAUACCUCCGCAUUACUACACCAAAGAAGAUGGACGCACUGGAAGGAUCUUGUUUACAAGUCCCAUGUAACUAUAGAGCUGUGGAUGGAGGAAAUGCUAACUUUGACAAAACCAAAGAGAUAGUUGGAAUCUGGAGGAACCCAGACAGUAAUAUUGACUCGGUCAAUAUUACUGGAAACCUGACUGAACUCAACUGCACCUCUGUGUUCUCUAAUCUGGCCCAAAGUCAGGAGUAUUUCUUCAGGAUUGAGAAUGAUGAAUUCGUGGCAACAGCUGAUUGUGAUGGUCUUCAAAUAACAGUUAAAGAUUAUCCUUGGAUCCCCACCAUGACCAUCUCAGGUGAUCUGAAGGAGAAUGAGAGCGUCACUAUAACCUGCUCAGCUGUCACUCCCUGUCCACACUCCCCUCCUGAACUCACCUGGAAUCUCCAACAAGACUCUCACACACAAACAAAGAAAAACAAAGAUGGAACCUUGAAAACUAAAAUCCAGGAGAUCAUCACUCUGUCAGACACACAUGAUGGAUACACCAUCAACUGUUCUGCCAGAUAUCCUGUGGAUGGAGGAAAACCUUUCAAGACAUCACAGACAGUAAAGACUCUCAGUGUGUCAUAUGCUCCUAAGAACACCUCAGCAUCCAUCAGUCCAACUAUAGGGGGA